GUGGGGGGGUUCAGAGGCCGGGGGGGCUUCGUGAAUGGCCAGCCCAUGGAGGUCGGGCGGAUCUCAUUCACCUUCCAGCUCGACUGCUCCUCUGAGUGCGAGUUCGUCUUCAUGGAGGGGUCGGCCAAGAAGGGCGUCACUAUCCUGCAGAGCUGGACAGGCCAGCAGCCUCGGCAGUUCUACAGCUGCCUCGUCAGGAGGAACGACUCCUUCACCUUCUCAUGGGCCUUCCAGAAGGUUUCGUGGGAGAAGAGCUACUUGCGGCCGAGCUCGUCGCGCCGGUACGAAGGCGACGUCGCUAAAAUAUUCAACAUCAACGUCACCAACACCGUCGACGGGGGAGCCUCCACCUGCCUACCCUGUCCCCAGGGCGUGGGGGGCGAGGGGUGUGUACCGUGUCCCCCAGGACACUACAUCGAGGCCAACACGACGGCGUGCACGGCCUGUCCCCCCGGCACGGUGGUCACAGAGCCUCUGCCCUACGGGUCCAAGUCGUGCCUGUCGUGCGGGCCUGGCCUCACGGCCCCCGAUGGCCUCACAUGCAGAGCCGAGUGCCUCCUCAGCGUCCAGGGGCGAACCUAUGACCUCAGCAACAUCAGCAGGUGGUACUCUUAUGGUGGCAGGUGGUACUCUUGA